AUGUACAUUAAACGGCUUGAAAUCGAUGGCUUUAAGUCCUACUCGAAAUUACAAGUAAUUGAUGGAUUUGAUACUCAAUUCAACGCAAUAACUGGUUUGAAUGGCACUGGUAAAUCAAAUAUUUUGGACUCGAUCUGCUUCGUGCUGGGAAUUACGAACCUACAGCACAUCAGAGCAGGCCAACUUCAUGACUUGGUGUACAAGCAAGGACAGGCAGGUAUCAACAAAGCAACGGUGACGAUAACCUUUGAUAACAGAGACAAGAGACACGGCCCAAUAGGAUACCAUCACUGCGAUGAAAUAGUCAUUCGACGACAAAUCAUUGUCAAUGGACGAAACUCGUACACCAUUAAUGGGAGCACUGCUACAAAUGCGAAGGUCUCCGAUUUCUUUCGUAGUGUCGUCGGUCUCAAUGUGAACAACCCUCACUUCCUUAUAAUGCAGGGGCGAAUCACUAAAGUACUCAACAUGAAGCCUCACGAGCUUAUGGCGGAGGAUAUUCUUCCUCAGCUAGAGAAACUCCAAAGAGACAAGCAGAACUUUUUGGAAUACAACAACUGUGAUCGCGAAAUAGAGCGCCGAGAACGGAAGCUCACAGCUUUCACAUACUACAUGUCUUUGAUGAAUUCUGAGAAGUGUGAACAACUUGCUGUGGAGAAAGCAGAAGAAAUCAAGUCAUUGGAAGGUGAAUUAAAGGAAAUUGAAGCAGUACUUGAAUCACAACAAGAGGAUCUUACUCGCGUGGAGGAUGCCAAGAAAAGGCGUCAUGCAGAAGCGUUUUCUGCGUUGGAAGGCAAUGUCGCUGAAGAGCUUGCAAGAAUUGAAGCGUGCGACGAGGAGAAACGUGAGUGUAAGGAGUCAUUCGGAGAAAUUCUAACAGAAUACGAAGAAAAACGGAAGUCCUUGAACAACGAAAUUAAGCAAAUGAAGAAGAAGGAGGCUGAUCUCGCCAAAUGGGAAAACGAGAUAGGUUCAAAGGAGCAGGCGUUCAAAACUGCUGAG